AAAUUUUGUGAAAACAAAUAUUAUAAAAAUAUGGCAAAAUCAAAAUACGAAUAUGUAAAACAAUUUGAAAAGAAUGAUAUACUUCUUCCAAAUACAUGUAUCGAAGAUGAUCAACUUAAUGAUAUGAUUAGAUUUUCAGAUCAACAUAAAUUUAAAAAGCCCAAUGAUCGAGACGCUUUAGAUCUUAUGAAUAAAUGUGCAGUUUCCGUAAUGAAUGAUAUUCAUGAUAUUGUACUGGCAUACGGACAAAGUGACGAAUACAGAAAAAUUGUUUCUACGAUUGUUAGUUUGUUUACAUCAAAUUAUGUCUUUUAUUGGAAAAAUUAUUUUCCGCAGAAAGAAUUACUUUAUCCUCCUUCAUUUGAUGGACGCGCUGUAUUGUAUCCAGAUGAUAAUAACUUUAGAGAUUAUUUAAGCUGGAGACAAGUAGAUUGUCACAUCAACAAUUUGUAUAACACGUGCUUUUGGGCUUUAGUUCAAUCAGGAAAGACCGAAUCCGAAGCAGAAAAUGCGUUAAGAAGUACAGUAUCUUCGGAAAAGAAUGAAUUACUCUUUUCGCAGUUUAAUAUUAAUUAUAAUAAAUUGCCGGAGAUGUUCCGAAAAGGUUCAGUUUUAAUCAGAAAAGAGGUUGAUAUUAAAACAACUUGCGAAAAUGGAAUGGAAAUUACAAGGAAAAAAAAAGUUGUAUUAAUAUUACAUGAUGAUAUUAUAGGAGACAAAUUUUGGAAAGAAAAUCUUACAUUAGGUGAUGAUAAUGGAAAUAAAGUGAUCAUGACUAGUGCUACGAAUUUUAAAGGUCGACUUGGAUAUGCAUGUUUAAAUGUAUAUUUAAGAAAUAAGAAACCGCCUAUAUUUUGUUCUCGCACUUGUAGAAUUAGUACUAUUAAGGAAAAAGGAUUAGAUUAUGUUAAAGAACUUGGUCGACAGAAUGCGAAAGAUUUGAUGGCUUUAUUAACAUUCAACGAAAAGCAUAACAUUAAAUUCAUGAGAAUCUCGUCUGGAAUGUUUCCGUUUGCCAGUCAUGAGAUAUAUGGAUAUUCCUUGGAUUAUGCUGCUGAAGAAUUGAAAGUUGCUGGGGAAUUCGCUGCACGAAAUGGUCAUAGAUUGACAACACAUCCAGGACAAUACAAUCAAUUAGGUUCUCCACGUCAGGAAGUAAUUCAACGUACGAUAACUGAACUUAUUUAUCAUGCGGAUAUGUUAAAUUUAAUGAAUCUACCUUUAGAUUCAAUAAUGAUUAUUCAUAUGGGUGGUUCAUAUGGGGAUAAAGUAGCAACCUUAAAACGAUUUGAAGGAAAUUACAAAAAAUUGAAUAAAAAAAUAAAAAAUCGGUUAGUUUUGGAAAAUGAUGAAAUUAGUUAUUCUGUCGAAGAUUUAUUGCCACUUUGUAAAAAAUUGAAAAUUCCAUUGGUUUUGGAUUGUUUAAAUCCUGGAACAUUAUCACAUGAUGACUUGUUAGCUCUAAUACCAGAGAUAAACAAAACUUGGACGAAUAAAGGAUUAAAACCAAAACAACAUUAUUCUGAAGGUCGUCCGGGAGCUAAGAAUGUCAUGGAAAAAAGAGCACAUUCUAUUCGAGUUACGAAACUUCCACCAUGUGAUCCAGACAUGGAUUUAAUGAUUGAAGCAAAGGACAAAGGCAAGAAAUUAGAACAAGCAGUUUUUCAACUUUAUCAACAAUAUGGACUUUAUCCUGUUGAUCCUGAAGUAAUCAUCCCACCUACAAUUAAAACAAAUAAUAUUAGAGGAAAAAAAAAGGAAAAAGAAAUCACUGCAUAUUUUAUAAAAGAUCAACACAAGAAAAAUUGUAAAAUCAACUAUUUAGAAACGAGAAACGAGAAACAUGAAACAGAACGUAAAGAGGAAAAAACAUCAUACGCUUAUCUUACAAAAUAA